AUGUCAGACCGUUCUAUAUAUUGCGAACCUCGUUCAUCACCUUUCCCCGACUUGACAGAUGGUCCAGUGUUGGACUUUCCUCUUCCACCAGGAAUGAGCAGUGUUGUGUUUCCAGACUUUCGUUUACCCUCCGAAUUAGGAACCAUGGAAUUCGAUACCCCUCAUUCUCCUCAGAUAAGGUCUGCACCUUUACCGAGGCAAACCAGAGGUGAAGAAGAUGGUCGUCUUUAUCCCGUUGGAUUCGGUCGUCAUACCACCGCAAGGACUUUAUUUGCUCCAUCACUCAGACUAUCCUCGAACUCCAAACGAGGCUUAGAAGAACCUACCACUCCAGAAAGACCCAUCAAACGAACAUCUCUCAUUCCUCCCAAACGACCAUUCAGAGAAGGAGAUUCACCCACAAAACCCUUUACUCCCAAAUCCUCUAGGUCGAAACCUACCACCCCUCGAUCUGCUAAUCCAUACUAUGACCCUUCUCGACCUCAAUCACCAUACCACAAACCUACUUCUCCCGCUGUACCACGUUCACCAUCUAUCCGCUCUGACGCAUCGAUCUAUACACCCAGGUCUUAUACUUACAGAUUGGGACACACUCGUCAUAAAUCGUCUCCCCCUCGACCGACUUCUGGGAAGGUAGCCAAAAAAUAUUCUUUCUUACCCAAUUUCGGCUCCCCAAGCGAGGAUAAACGAAUUAGAAAAUGGAUUUCUCCUCUCAAUAUCAAGAAAUCUCUGGCGAAAGCUAAUCGACGUGCUCGUGGAGAGUUGGCAGGGUAUCAAGAACUAGUCGAAGCGGUGGAGAGGGAGGAUCAAGUCACGUUUGCUACAGCAAGAGCUGAGAAGGAGGCGGAAGCUAUCGAACGUGCUGAAGCUCAAGACAAAACUCAAAAACAAGUAUAUACCUUGAAUGCUGAAGUUGAGGAUGGUGCUUCUGUGGAGAAAGCCAAAGAUGAUCAGGAAGAUUCACAUUAUCGUACUCAAGCUCAACUUCGCAUUCAAGCCAAGAAUCGGGCCAGAACUCAGGCUUUACGACAAUCCAUUCAAGCUCGAAUAGCCACAGCUUCAGCUCCUAUUCCCGAUAAACCUCUACUUCAUCCAGAUUUCCCCGCGAUGUCAGCACUUCUCACCGAAACAGACCCACCCCCUGUCGCCCCACCGAAAGAUGGCGCAAGAGGACGGAAUGCAAUACCACGAUUAUCUGUCGAAUCUCUCAACCUUGCUAUCAAACUCGCUAAAGCUAUAGAAGAAACAGUGGCGAUGCAUCAAGAAGAACAACAACAAGUAUAUGACGAGGUUAUUUCAGAGUUAGGGAGGAUGGAGUCUGAUGUUCAGACUGUCAAAGGGGAGUUAGCUCGGGCAGAACAACAACGAGAUGCCGCGUCAUGGGAGUUGAGUCAAUCGAGAGGUUUAUAUCAACAAUUGGAAGAUUUACAUAAACAAACGUGUGGAGAAGUGAGACAGUUGAGGAAAGAUUUAGAACAAUCUCAGAAUCAAAGACAAACGGUAAGAGAAGAAGAGUGGAAGACUAUGUUAGAUAAGAUGAAGGUAGAAAGAAGGGAACGAGCAGCUUUAGAAUUACAAUUGAGGGAUCUAAAAGUUGCAAAAGAGGUGGAGGAGAAAAGAAGACAAGAAUUAGAGGGAAGGGUGGAUGAGGCGGAAUUUAGUCAGAGAGCUUUGAAGGAAGAAGGGGUUAGGUUGAUGAGAGAAUUGGAGAAGAAGAGUAGGGAAAUGGAUGAUAUGGAGAAGGCUCAUAAGAGAUUUGAAGGGAUAUCAUGCCGCCUAUGUUUAGGAAGGAAGAAUCAAAGUUGGGCCAUUGACGAACAGAUUGGUUCCCCAUCCCCAAGAACACUGGCAGCGCCAACUACAGUAAGGACAGUGGUGGAUUCUUUGGAAGCGAUCAUACAACGUAAACGACCCGCUGUUCAAGAAACACUCGACUCUCCUGAUCGGAUCAAGAUACUCAAGAGGGAUGCUCUCUCACCUCGAAAGCGUCUCCCCGCUUCACGGGACACACCCAAACCUGUAAUCGUUCUCAAAAAGGAGUCAUCAUCUCCACCUAACAAUAGAAAGUCAAAUGAUGUUAGGCCUUUGUCAAGAUCUCUUGAUUCUACCGUACUCGUACAACUAGAUUUCACUGCUUCGCCUUCGUAUAACCGCGCCACAUCAUCAACCAUACAUGAUACUUCUCUCAUCGUCGAAACGGCAGAUACGGAAAUUUUAUCCCCUGAAGAUUUGACAAAACUCAAAAACAUAUCCUCUCCAUUGAUCACCCAUGUCCCACCUCUCUUUACCCGCUCUCUCCCAAGAACAAGUGUUCCCAACGAUCGAGAGGUCAAAGACGAGGAUUGCGAGAACAUCACACCGGACAAUCUAGAAGAAACGAUGAAACUCAGCAAGCUAGUCCUCGCUACCACACUCCAUUUUACCAGAGCGGAAAGGGAUCAUUAUCGAAGUUCUAGCUCCCAACUCCAACUCCAAUUAGACAGCACCACCACUGAACUAUCUCAAGCUCGUCAUGAUCUAAAUGAUAGUCGGAGUAUACUACUUGAUACCCGACAAGACCUUUCGGAGGCUCAUAAAGAAGGGAUAAUGUUGAGACGACAAUUAUCAGGCAGAGAAAAAGCUUUACGAUCAAAGGAAGAAGAACUUGAUACUCUUGUGGCUCGUUUGGAACGGAGGGAGAGACGUAUAGGUGUAUUGUCAACUGAGAGAGAAUCUUUGGUGGAUAGGCUUGAAGAAACGACUGGUCAGCUGAAGGAUGUGAGGAUGAGGUUAGAUAGAAACAGUGCUUUGUUACUUACCUUGGACGAUGAGAGACGGGAUCUUCAAGGAAGGGUCGAGGGGAUAGAAGUGGAGAAAGACAGGCUGAUGAGGGAGAUGGGAGAUAGAGAGGUUGAAAACGAACGACUGGUUCUGAGAAUAGGAGAUAUGGAACAGGAACAGGCUAGAUCCGAUUUCUUUCUUCGGAUAAGUGAGGUCGAGCAGGAGCGUGACGUCUUGAUCGCGAGGCUCAAGGAGGUCGAAGAAGAACGAGAACGUCUGAGUGGAAGGGUUAAAACCCAGAUCGAGCGUGAUGAUGAGGGUAGAGAAGAUGAUAUAAAAGACAUGGACAAGGGGAACGAUGAGAGCGAGAAGAUUUUACGCCAAACCAUCGAGGAAAACGUUAAGAUAUGUUCCAAGCUGGAGGACCGAGAUGAAGUCUUAAGGAAAGCAAUUCAAAUGCUCAAAUACAAAGAUACUAUCAUUGAGAGACGAGAACACAAGUUGAGUAAGGCAGCGAAGGAAACGGAAGAGAUGAAGGAAGAGCUGGAAAGGGUGAAGAAAGCUUUAGAAGGUGCUAAUGCCGAUGUGACAAGUUUGAGGGAAGCGUUAAUGGGGAUGAGUUCGUGGAGGGAUAGGAGAUGA